UCUGGACCACAACUCCCGGCAUGCCGCCUGUCCCGGCGGCGCGGCCCGGAGCUGGUUUGACGGGCGGAGCGGCGGCGGAGGAUGGAGGCGGUGGUGUUCCUUUUCUCGCUUCUCGACUGUUGCGCGCUCAUCUUCCUCUCUGUCUACUUCAUCAUUACAUUGUCUGAUUUAGAAUGUGAUUACAUUAACGCUAGAUCAUGUUGCUCAAAAUUAAACAAGUGGGUGAUACCAGAACUGGUUGGACACACCAUCGUCACUGUGCUGGUGCUGGUCUCCUUGCACUGGUUCAUCUUCCUCCUCAACUUACCUGUCGCCACGUGGAAUAUAUACAGGUUCAUUAUGGUACCAAGUGGUAACAUGGGAGUAUUUGAUCCAACAGAAAUACACAACCGGGGACAGUUAAAGUCACACAUGAAAGAAGCCAUGAUCAAGCUUGGCUUCUACCUGCUCUGUUUCUUCAUGUAUCUCUACAGUAUGAUUCUGGCUUUGAUAAAUGACUGAAGCUGCAGAAGCCAGGCUGAAGCCAACCUACACUACACACUGCACAACUGAGGAGCCAGAGACUACUAAAACCACUCGUAGAACCGUGACCAGAGCAGUAUAUAUUUUGGUCUUUGAACAAAAAACCUAUUUUUGCUGUAUUUUUACCACAUAAAGUAUUUAAAAAAAAAAAAAGAGUUUUUGUAGAUUUCUGAUUUCUCAACCCCAACACAUGAAGGUAUUUUGUCUCCUCUUUGGCUGUUUGGUAGAAGUAGGAAUGUGUGCCAGCUUUGCAUCCCAAAGAGAGAAAGGAUACACCCAAAAGAGCCCUUAAUACAGUGGUUCUCAACCUAUGGGUUACCACCCCUUUAGGGGUCAAAUAACUCUUUCACAGGGGUUGCCUAAAACCAUUGAAAACACAGAUAUUUACAUUAUGAUUCAUAACAGUAGCAAAAUUACAGUUAUGAAGUAGCAACAAAGAUGGUUUGUAGUUGGGGGGUUACAACAUGAGGAUCUGUAUUAAAGGGUCUUAGCAUUAGGAAAGUUGAGAACUGUGGCCUCAGUAGAGCGAGACUGUCUGAAAGCUAGAACAGAAAGCAGCACAGCCAGUCUGCACAAAUGAAGAAAGUCAUGUGAAUGUGGCUUAAGGAUUUGGGAGGCUUUUCAGCUAAAUCUUUCAAUAGAAAAUGACAUUUUAAGAUAUAUGUAUUUCAGUAUUCGAAACCUUACGAGCCAUGUACCCAAGUACAGUGUAAUUCUUGCUUACAGAAAGGAAAAAUACAUCUUAAAAUCAAGACUUUAUUAAGAGCUUUCAUUUUAAAGCUUGUACCUCCAUAAUCUUGCCCACCUCCCUCUGAUCAGCUCAGCUCUUGCCAGACCUUAUUUUACAUUGUAACUGUUCCAUUUGUAUUUGAUUUCUUUAAUAAUAUAGUUUAAUGGAUUUGGAGAAGUGACUUGCUAGAAGUCACUCAGAACCAGGAAACCAAUCAGUCAUUGUUAAAAAACAAAACAAGAGCAGUCUGUGAGUGCUCACUUGGUGCAGAAUUCACUGCACCUCCUUCUCUUCUGCACUGACCACUGUGUGGACUGGGAGCCCAGCGCAAGCCAUUGCAUGCACGUGGCAGGACCUAGCUACUCUGGAAGCUCCUGCUCUGGGUGAGAGCGAGCAGUUAACCUGGUCUGUGCUUAUCAUAUCUUGCAGGGAGUGAAUCUGGCAGUCCAGCCUUUUUCUUAGUUGCACUUUAACGUUGGUAUCAUAAGCACUGACAGGUAAGGAAACAUCACUGUGCACUGCGGCAUAGUGAACUUUUGUGGCAAAACAAAGUGUGUGGAUCCCCGGAGAUUAAAUGUUUAAAUGUAGCAUGAAUUACUGAGUGAGGAGCUGGUAGACGUAAGAGCCAGGGCUCUGGAUUCCCUGUUAGAAAGGGAGCUAUGCUCUGACCGCACAGGAGAAAAAGGCUGGGACGGCAUGCAGAGGAAACCUGGUUCGCUGGGCCUCUGUGAAAGCAGGAAAUCCUCCCUGUAAUCAUAUUGUGCUUCUGUCUAGAAAGGGGCUAAGCAGCCACGACAUGGGAGUUACUUUAUAUCCUUCCUCACACCUUUCCCUCGGGGCACCCUCUGCUAACAGCUCCCCCUACCUUCUGGUGCCCUCAGUGUUAGUCAAAGUUUUCAAACAGAACUCCUGGGGCUUCAUAGGAUGGAGAGACAUAGUGGAGGACUUUUGUCUAAAAUGUUUGAGCUUAAACUGAAAGCCACGUAGCCGAGCACUUUUGGGCUGUCGGUUGUCAGGCAUAAGCUGGUGGGAGGAGUGAAUGAGAAAGCUACCUUGUAUAGAAAGACCAAACUUAACUCUGAAACACUAGUUGUGAGUGGACACCCUUUAUCCCUCAUUGCUCAUGUGUAUCAAAGCCAGGAAAGGGAGGAGUCAUUUUUCUGGGUGUUUUGGAGGGAGGAGGAUGCUUUUAUAAACGCUGAAAAAGAGGAUGUGAGCAAUGCCCCUAAGCGGCUGUGGCGCUGCCGCCUGUGGUGCAGCUGUACAGUGAUCAGAGUUGCAGAGCGGCUUCAAGAUCAUCUGUUCCAGCCUUGUCAUCUCAAAGAUAAGAGAGCAGAGGCCUAGGGGUUGUCAGAGGUUGACCAUCAGGAGCUCAGCUCAGUGUCCGCUUACACCCUCUCCUUCCCUGGCCUCUGUAAAGCUCUAACGUUGAGGGCCUGGCCAGUGCAUCCUGCCGCGGAGGGCAGCCACGCAGUGUCAUAUUCCCCCUUCCCAGACUUUUAACUACAGCAGAUGCUGUGUGUCUAGAGCUGAGGACGUGACGUGCAAGACGCAGCCCCACUCGUCAUCUAGCGGCCCCUUUUCACGCCUGCUGCCCAAGAAGACAAUGGAGCAAGAGCCAGCAGCUUCCUUCUGACCUGCUCUGACUUUAAACCUCUGUACUGUUUCCUGUGGGAAGUACUCAUCACUUUCCAUGUGGCAUCUCUUGUAUGCAAACUAGAUUGUGCGCUCCUAGAGGGCAGCGUCCACUCUGAUCAUGUUUGUGUUGUCUUCCUUUCCCUCCUGGCGCCUAAUACAGUGCCUUGCACACAGACACAAUAAAAGGCUGUUGAAUAACA